AUGGAAAUUAAAUUUAACGAUUCACUUACCACUGCUAAUACAUGGAACAAAAGAGUCUUCCCUCAUAAUAGCACGUUACACAUAGCACCAGGUAGAAUAUUAAAGGGUGAUAUUGAACCAGGAACGCAACAACGAUUUCAAGCGCUAAAAGAAAGAAUUAUAAAUUUGCUAAAUGAAGAUGAUGAGUCAUUCAGAGAAAGAUUUAAUUCAUUAACACACGAUGGAAUUUUUAGAAAAGAAUAUGAUGUGUUGAUGAGUGAGUACAAUCUUGAAAAACUGUCGAAUGCACUAAAACGGUAUGAUGACUUUGAAAAAAGAAUAAAUCCCUUCAAAAAUAAUAAGCGUAAAAAAUCGCUUAAAAGUAUAAACUAUGAUAAUGAGUUGGACAAACAAUAUGACGAAUUUAAAUAUUAUGAUGACGAUUACGAAGGAACAAAUCGUGCAUUCUAUUAUGUAAAUGAUUUUCGAAUAAAGCAGAGAGCAAAAAGGCGCAGAUAUCCCCAACGGUAUAGAAGGAAGCCUAAAGUGAAAAAGGAUAAUAGGCCAAGAAUAUUUAAAUAUUUAAACACAGCUAUUUCAAAGAUAAAGGCAAAAAAGCCAACUGCUUAUAUAGCUCCUUAUAACAAUAAUAAAUAUGGGCUCAGACCUAGUAGCAAAAAUAGAAAAAUCAUAUAUCACAUAGAAAAUUUUAAAUACAAGAUUUCACUAUUUUCUGUAAAAUUGUUAAAAGCAAUUUUAAUCGUACUAUACUAUACAACUAACGAAGUUAUUGAUUUACUUCUUCCAUAG